AGCUGCUCUGUUCUGCUUAACCCACGGUGCACCAUCACCACCGCACAGCUGCAGCAGCAGGCCAAGAAACCUCUCUGCAACUAGAACUGAUCACGCAAGAAGACAACCACCAGUGUAGUCAUCAUGGCCCCCGCCAAGAGAUCCUGCACGCUCGGCCGCUUCGCCGCUGACGAGGCGGCCCCGCCGGAAACCCGCCACGUGGUGCACCUGCAGAGACUCCUCCUCCGCCAAGCAGCAGAGAGCUGCCUCGACCCCAUCGCCGAGGAGGACGACUACGCUGGCACCGGCAGCAGAAGAGGCGGUCAAGACGACGACGGCGUCCCCGCCGGCUCGCCCAGCGCCCACGGCAGCAGCAGCAGCGCCACCGUUGACAUUGCCUCAAGUCAGUCGUCGAUGGGCUGGAUCAAUUAGACACAAUGUUUAGUUCAGUUGAUGCGUGCGUGCUGCAAUUAGUCCAUACAUGAAUUCAUGAUGCGAGCUGCUUAAUUUGAAGCCGAACAAUCUCAUUCUUGCCC